GGUGAGACGAAUACCCCAAAUGUGCCGUAAAAGGAGGCAAUCCUGCGAAAUGUCCGUCUCCGGGAAAUGCAGCCGGCGAGCUUUCACGCCGUGUGUUUAUUAGGAGAAAACGACCCGUUUUGGCUUAACGGCACGGAAGCAGGAGGGGUGUUGACUGGUAGGAGAACUGGCUCCAGACGCGACUCCUAAGCGCUAAGUUUUUCGACGCAGCCUUCUGUUGGGUGUUUCGAUCUUGUUUAUACGGCGUGUGUGUGUGGGAUGCAAGCGUUCAAAGCCCAAGAGCCGUGCAGGAGAAAAGCAAGAAAAAACUGCAUGUGGGUUAGAAAUGUGGGCUAGUGGAAAGGACGUGACGGGAGCAGCCUGGGAAUCCUAAGAUUUCGAAGGGAUGCGAUCUUGUUAGGGCUAGAGGCCAUGCUACUGAAGAUGAUGAUGGUGUAGACGACAUCUCUGCGAGCAAACGUGAGAGAGCGCACGCGAGCAUCGAGGACACUGGGUCAAUAAGACUCUCUCUUCACCUCCAACUGACAUACGUGCUCAGAGUUUUUAGCAAGGAGUUCAGCAGCAAGGUGAACCGCACCUUGGACGUCUGCUUCCCAACAGAGCGAUCCUACUGAACAUGCCACUGCACAGUGCGGGCCACUGUCCCCGCCCCCUACGCGGGGCCUUCCACAUCCUGCUCUUCCUGGCUUCGUCCUGCCGGGGCGGGACGCCAGAAGCGGCCCUCCCCUCCUUCCGAACCUUUGCCCCGGCCGAGGGGGGGCUCACGCACCUGGUGGUCCACAACAAAACGGGCGAGGUCUACGUGGGCGCCGUGAACUGGAUCUACAAACUCGCCGGCAACCUGACCAAGCUCCGUAGCCACGUGACCGGGCCGGUGGUGGACAAUGAGAAGUGCUACCCACCGCCUGGGGUCCAGUCCUGUCCCCACGAGCUGUCCCAGACCAACAACGUCAACAAGCUGCUUCUGCUGGACCCGGGUCAGAACCGGCUCAUCGCCUGCGGAAGCACGUCGCAGGGCAUCUGCCAGUUUCUGCGGCUGGACGACCUCUUCAAGCUGGGCGAGCCGCACCACCGCAAGGAGCACUACCUGUCCAGCGUGUCGGAAGCAGGCACCAUGUCCGGUGUCGUUGUCAGCGGCCCGCAGGGCGUGAGCAGUGGGAAGCUGUUCGUGGGAACGCCCAUAGAGGGCAAAUCGGAGUACUUCCCCACCCUCUCCAGCCGCAAGCUGAUGGCCAACGAAGAGAACGCGGACAUGUUCAGCUUCGUGUACCAGGACGAGUUCGUCUCCUCCCAGCUCAAGAUCCCUUCGGACACGCUCUCCAAGUUCCCCGCCUUUGACAUCUACUAUGUGUAUGGUUUCAGCAGCGAGCAGUUCAUCUACUACCUGACGCUGCAGCUGGACACGCAGCUCACCUCGCCCGACGCCAGCGGCGAGCAGUUCUUCACCUCCAAGAUCGUGCGCCUCUGCGUGGACGACCCCAAGUUCUACUCCUACGUGGAGUUCCCCAUCGGCUGCUCCAAGGACGGGGCGGAGUAUCGCUUGGUCCAGGACGCCUACCUCACCCGGCCCGGCGCCAGGCUGGCGCGCUCACUGGGCAUCUCGGAGCGGGAGGAGGUGCUGUUCAUUGUGUUCGCUCAGGGCCAGAAGAACCGGGCAAAGCCACCCAAGGAGUCGGCCCUGUGCCUGUUCACCCUGCGCAAAAUAAAGGAGAAGAUCAAGGAGAGAAUCCAGUCGUGCUACCGUGGGGAGGGCAAACUGUCCCUUCCGUGGCUACUUAACAAAGAGCUGGCUUGCAUCAACUCGCCCUUGCAGAUAGACGACGACUUCUGCGGCCAGGACUUCAACCAGCCGCUGGGGGGCACCACCACCAUCGAGGGGCUGCCACUGUUCACAGACAAGGAGGACGGCAUGACGUCAGUGGCGGCCUACGAGUACGGCGGCCACACCGUGGCCUUCGCCGGCACGCGCAGCGGCAGGAUAAAGAAGAUCCUGGUGAACUCUGUUACCCAGCCUGCCCUGCUGUAUGAGAACGUGGUGGUGAGUGAUGGGAACUCCAUUCUGAGGGACAUGGUCUUCAGCCCCAACCACCAGAACAUAUACGCGCUCACGGACAAAGAGGUGAGCAUGGUGGCAGCAGAGGUCUGUGAGCAGUACACCAGCUGUAACGAGUGUCUGGGAUCGGGAGACCCCCACUGUGGCUGGUGUGUGCUGCACAACAUCUGCUCACGAAAGGUCCGGUGUGAAAGGGCAGAGGAACCACAGCGUUUUGCUUCCCGAGUGGAGCAGUGCGUCACACUCACCGUCCAACCCAACAACAUCUCCGUCACUAUGUCUGAAGUGCAGUUGCUACUGCAGGCUCACAACGUCCCCAGUCUCUCUGCCGGAGUCAACUGCUCGUUCGAGGACUACGCCGAGACCGAGGGACACCUUAUCGGGGGACGCAUUUACUGUAUGUCCCCGUCGCCGCGUGACAUCGCCCCUAUUACACGCAACCGGGGUGACAAGCGCGUGAUGAAGCUGUACCUGAAAUCCAAGGAGACGGGCAAGAAGUUCGCCAGUGUCGAUUUUGUCUUCUACAACUGCAGCGUCCACCAGUCAUGUCUCUCCUGUGUGAAUGGCUCCUUCCCCUGCCACUGGUGCAAAUACCGACACAUGUGCACCCACAACGCCAACGAGUGCUCCUUCCAGGAGGGCCGCGUCAACGUGUCGGAGGAGUGCCCCCAAAUCCUGCCCUCCACGCAGAUCUACAUCCCGGUGGGCGUAAUGAAGCCGAUCACACUGCUGGCCCGGAAUCUUCCGCAGCCGCAGUCGGGCCAGAGGAACUACGAGUGCAUCUUCUACAUCCAGGGCAAAGAGCACAGUGUUACGGCCUUGCGCUUCAACAGUACCAGCAUACAGUGCCAGAAGACCCUGUAUGACUAUGAAGGCAGUGACAUUGGGGACCUUCCCGUGGACCUGUCUGUGGUGUGGAAUGGGGACUUCGUCAUCGACAACCCUUACAGAAUGAAAGCUCACCUGUAUAAAUGCUACGCCCUGCGGGACAGCUGCGGCAUGUGUCUGAAGGCGGACCCGCGCUUCGACUGCGGUUGGUGUGUGCAGGAGAAGAAGUGCUCGCUCAGACAGGAGUGCGCUCCCCUGGAGAGCGCCUGGAUGCACCCGAGCACCGGCAACAGUCGGUGUACACACCCCAAAAUCACCAAGCUGUUUCCCGAGACAGGACCACGGCAAGGGGGGACCAGGCUCACCAUCACCGGCGAGAACCUGGGCCUGCAGUUCCGAGACAUUCAGUCGGGAGUCAGGCUGGGGAAAGUUCCGUGCGUCCCAAUCGAAGAGGAGUAUGUCAGUGCUGAGAGGAUUGUGUGCCAUCUGAACGACGCCACUGGGCAUCGGGUGCAGGAGGCCCAGGUGGAGGUGUGUGUAAGAGACUGCCUGGCAGACUACAGGGCUCUGUCACCCCGGGCCUUCACCUUUGUGACUCCAUUCUUCACCCGCGUGCAGCCCGCCCAGGGCCCUUUGUCCGGAGGCACCCUGGUCACCAUCGAGGGCAACCACCUGAACGCCGGCAGCUCCGUCGCCGUCAAUAUCGGCCGCCACCCCUGCCGCUUUAAGAAACGAACCUCUAAAGAGAUUGUCUGCGUGACCCCAGCCGGCGUGACCCCAGGAAGUACUCCCGUAAUGGUGGACAUUGACGCUGCCGAGUUGAGAAACCCUGAGGUGAAGUUCAACUACACGGAAGAUCCUACAGUUCUGCGCAUUGAGCCAGACUGGAGCAUCGCCAGUGGAGGAACACUCCUGACCAUCAGUGGUACCAAUCUGGCCACCAUCAGAGAGCCCAAGAUCCGCGCCAAGUACGGCUCUGCCGAGUCUUUCCACAACUGUACGGUCUACAAUAACUCGGUCAUGGUGUGCCUGGCACCAUCGGUGGCCCACUCCGAGAGAGGCUUCGCGGAGACGGGCAGCGGACCGGACGAGAUUGGCUUCUACAUGGACAACGUCCACGCCCUCACUGUGGUCAACGAGAGCUUCAGCUACUACCCUGACCCAAUGUUCGAGCCGCUCAGUCCCACGGGCAUACUGGAGCUCAAACCCACCUCGCCUCUGAUACUCAAAGGUCGUAACCUGUUUCCAGCAGUGCCUGGCAGCUCCCGGCUCAAUUACACGGUGCUGAUUGGGGAAACUCCAUGCGUCUUGACCCUGUCGGAGACCCAGCUGCUGUGCGAAUGGCCCAACCUCACUGGCCAACACAAAGUCACUAUCCGGGCAGGAGGGUUCGAGUACUCCCCAGGUACGCUGCAGAUCUACUCCGACAGCCUCCUCACGCUCCCGGCCAUCAUCGGGAUCGGAGGGGGUGGAGGGCUCCUCCUUCUGGUGAUCAUCGCCGUGCUCAUCGCCUACAAGCGCAAGUCCCGGGACGCUGACCGCACUCUCAAACGGCUGCAGCUGCAGAUGGACAACCUGGAGUCCAGAGUGGCGCUGGAGUGUAAAGAAGCAUUCGCAGAGCUCCAGACAGAUAUCCAUGAGCUAACCCAGGAGCUAGAUGGAGCUGGAAUACCCUUCCUAGACUACAGGACGUAUGCCAUGAGAGUGCUCUUCCCUGGCAUUGAAGACCACCCCGUGCUUAAGGAGAUGGAGGUCCAGGCCAACGUGGAGAAAGCCCUGACGCUGUUUGGCCAGCUCCUAACCAAGAAGCACUUCCUGCUGACGUUCAUCCGCACGCUGGAGGCGCAGCGCUCCUUCUCCAUGCGCGACCGCGGCAACGUGGCCUCGCUCAUCAUGACGGCGCUGCAGGGCGAGAUGGAGUACGCCACAGGAGUCCUCAAACAGCUGCUCUCCGACCUCAUCGAAAAGAACCUGGAGAGCAAGAACCACCCCAAGCUGCUCCUGCGCAGAACCGAGUCUGUUGCUGAGAAGAUGCUCACAAACUGGUUCACCUUCCUACUAUACAAGUUCCUGAAGGAGUGUGCUGGUGAGCCCCUCUUCAUGCUCUACUGUGCUAUAAAGCAGCAGAUGGAGAAAGGUCCCAUAGACUCCAUCACUGGAGAGGCGCGCUACUCCCUCAGCGAGGACAAACUCAUCCGCCAGCAGAUCGACUACAAGACACUGACUCUGCACUGUGUGAACCCGGAGAAUGAGAACGCGCCGGAAGUGACCGUGAAAUGCCUCAACUGCGACACCAUCACGCAGGUCAAGGAGAAACUCCUAGAUGCCGUAUAUAAGGGCAGCCCCUACUCCCAGAGACCCAAGGCUGGGGACAUGGACCUGGAAUGGAGGCAGGGCCGCAUGGCCAGGAUUAUUCUACAGGAUGAGGACAUCACUACUAAAAUCGAUAACGACUGGAAAAGACUCAACACAUUAGCACACUAUCAGGUAACAGAUGGGUCCGUCAUUGCACUGGUGCCAAAGCAGAACUCGGCCUACAACAUCUCUAACUCCUCUACCUUCACCAAGUCCCUCAGCAGAUAUGAGAGUAUGCUGAGGACAGCCAGUAGUCCAGACAGCCUUCGCUCCAGGACCCCUAUGAUCACCCCUGACCUGGAGAGUGGCACAAAACUCUGGCACUUGGUCAAAAACCAUGACCACUCAGACCAGAGAGAGGGCGAUCGCGGCAGCAAGAUGGUUUCCGAGAUCUACCUAACUCGUCUUCUAGCUACGAAGGGCACGCUGCAGAAGUUCGUAGAUGACCUGUUCGAGACGAUAUUCAGCACAGCACACCGCGGCAGCGCACUGCCCCUGGCCAUCAAGUACAUGUUCGACUUUCUGGACGAGCAGGCGGACAAACACCAGAUCACAGACUCGGAUGUGCGGCACACCUGGAAAAGCAACUGUUUGCCUUUGAGGUUCUGGGUGAACGUGAUCAAGAACCCUCAGUUUGUGUUCGACAUCCACAAAAACAGCAUCACGGACGCCUGCCUGUCCGUCGUGGCUCAGACCUUCAUGGACUCGUGCUCCACGUCGGAACACAAACUGGGAAAAGACUCACCCUCCAACAAGCUGCUGUACGCUAAAGACAUUCCCAACUACAAGAACUGGGUGGAGAGGUAUUACUCCGACAUCUCGCGCAUGGCUACCAUCAGCGACCAGGACAUGAGCGCGUAUUUGGCGGAGCAGUCCAGGCUCCACCUGAGCCAGUUCAACAGCAUGAGCGCCCUGCACGAGAUCUACUCCUACAUCUCCAAGUACAAAGACGAGAUCCUCUCCGCGCUCCAGAAGGACGAGCAGGCCCGGAGGCAGAGACUGCGCAGCAAGCUGGAGCAGGUGAUCGACACCAUGGCGCUGGCCAGCUGAGGACUCCCUCCCUACUCCCCUUCAGGCCAGCCCUGAGCUCCACCCCACACCCCUCUCCCUCCACCCGCACACAAAGCUUAUGGACUGCAAGGAUAGAUGCAGUACACUGGAGACCCUCUCACAAUAGCCCAGGGUGGAUAUCCCCUUAUUAGUCCCUUCUCCCUUACUCAACACGCAACAGAGUGGCUCUUCAGUGGCUCUCCUAUAGGACAUGGGUUACAACUUGUUAUAUUAUGGCAUAUUAUGGUUAUAUUAAGGUACGUUGAAGGAAACCUGUCCCUGUUCCCGAGUGAGCCCUGCUUCGGAAGGUUUGGACAACGAAGUGUAGAUCCCUCACGGCCUCGGUCUUGAAGUUUAAAGCAGGUUACUGAAAAUCCUGGUUUUAUAGUGCUCCGUUUUGUUGGAUGAAGUCUGUUUGUUUUCCCAUCCUGUGGUGGAUUCGGUUUUCCUUCCUCGGGGAUGACUGAUCACGCGAUCGCUCCCAGUCUCCUGCCACUUGUGUUACUGCUGAAUUUGCACAAUUUACAAGAACCACAACAAAAACAAAAAUGAUAUAAAUAUAUAUGUAUAGAUACAUAAAUACAACUGCAUUUUUAUACAAAAUGAGGAAAAAAUGAUAAAAAAUUUUACAGUUUUAACAUAGAAAAGACUUCAACAAAAAUGAAUUUGAUAUGUGAAACAAAGACUGAACUAUGAAAAAAAAAAUAUUUAAAACCUUGUCCUGUGCCAUGUUUUAUUUGAAUGUUGUUUAGUGCAAAAAACCUUUUCUUUAGCUAAAAUGUGCUAUGAUUUAAUGUUGACUUGCCUAGUGACUGAAGAAUCAAGAGUGGAAAAUAUUACACAAAAAAUAACAAAAAACUGAGACAGAUGAACAAAAUGUUGUGUGGUACCUUGUCUUUUUGGAAGGGAAUAAUGCAGAAAAAAAAAAUGUAAUUCUUAAGUUCGUGGAAGAAUCGGUAUGUUAAGUUUCUACGCUUUUUUUUUUUCAACCUUAAUUCACUGUUGUGGUUUUAUUGUGAAAGCCAUGUGAGUGGGCUUUCUUGUUGUAUGAUAUUUCAUCCCUCGAGAAAUUAGUGCAGAAAUGCAUGCGAAAGAGAUUUCUGACCGGUUAUUAUUGGCUAUGUUAGGGGUUUUCACUACUUUAUAUUCGCUUGUCAUCCCACAGAAAAAAAAGCCCCAAACACAGUACCUUCCACCUGUGCGCUCGACAGACGGCAUUGUCUUUCCACAAAGCACCUCACGCCGCACGAAGGAAAACUCUUGCCGAAAACGCUACGGCUCAACAAUGAGGCGCGAUAUGAUGUCUUGCGCAAUGCUGGGAAGGUCCCAGAUAAUUACCAUCAUGGCGUCCGUCCCUUUGGCGCCCUACUGCUGUAGUUUUGGUGGCUAAAAUCGUAAUAAGAUCGAACAGUGUGUUCCUGCAGCAGGUGGGGUAAUCAGAUAUCCACAGCCGCUGUGAAUAUGGCUUAAUAACGGUAGUAGGUAGUCUUUGUGUGCCAGUGCUAGAGGAAAAGAGUUGAACUUCAGUUUAAUUUGCAGUCCUCAUUUACUGCAGCUCGUUGUCAAAUAAGCUAUCGUGGCCGUCACUUAUUUUCAUAGUUUUUCUUUGAUACAAGCCCUUUCAUUAGUUUAUUCAGAACUUCGACUAAACAGCAAAGUCGUGUACAUUGCGAAUAUAUCACGUCGGAGGUAUGCUCCUUGUAGUCCUCCCUCUUCUUUCAUUUUCCCCUCUUUAACCUAAUUCUCUCGUGCUAUCUCUCAAGAAGAAAAAAGGAUAAAUAUGUUGCAUUUGAAGUAGGUAAACAUGCAACGUUUUUUUUCCCCCCCGGUUUCAGUCAUUCAGAAAAUGUGAAGCGAUUUGCAAAUUCUCCCCUUCUGCUGCGCCUCUCAUCUGCUGAGCGUCUCAAAUCGAUGAAGCAGAGAUCUUUGACAUCCGUGCUCCCCGCCCCAAACUUUCCCUUUGGUCUCCGGAAUGCCAGACGCUGCUGUGAAGAUCCACGUUGUCCCCUUCAUUUGUUGCACUGUACUCUUGAGGCCAGACAUGUUUAAACAACAGAAAUCUCCGCUCCACUUACCGCUCCCUCUGACAAUAAAGCAAAUGUAAGGAUGCUGUGAGAAGUGUGAGAAGUAGGUGAGAAUCCUGAGAGAGAAAAUGGAUAGUCACCGUAGAACUUUUUUUUGUUUGUUUUUAUCUGGAGGCACGUGUGCACCAGGGUUCAUGACAGCCAGCAGGGUUAAGAAAACAAAUGCUUUGUUUUUAUUUAUUUUUGAAUGUUUUUGAGCAUUGUGUAUAUGCUAGCGCAAUCUCUCCUAUCCAACUAGGAGCAGGUCUCCAAAAGUAUAAAGCCGUAUUUAGUAUCUGUAGUACUGACAAUCUUCUCAAACUUGAGACAUUCUAGCUAUAAGAAUCCUUUAUUUCUUUAUAUCUAUUCCAGUCUUGUUGUAAUCAUUCUGGAUGCUUUUACUGUGUAGGUUUCAGCAACAUAUCACCAGUUGUUUUCUCAUAACUUUUUGUGCUUUCAACUUUUGCUGUCACUGAAAAUGUUAUGAUAUUAUUAAAAAGGACUUGUUUAGUCUUCAUCUAACCAUGGACACCCCCUUUUUGCAGCACACAUGACAAAGUUCAAUGGAAGGCAGUCUUCUUAUUUCUACCAUACAGUAUACCUGUAGGACUACAGCAUCACUACAGGGUCCAUACAUGGCGUACGCUAGUCUUAGGCCGUGUCCGUAAAUAACAAGUAGUGAAUUCUUGAACAGGGUGACUUAAAUUGAUGUCUAGCUUUUUUUUUUUCCAAAAUACGUGUGUGUGUGUGUGUGUGUGUGUGUGUGUGUGUGUGUGUGUGUGUGUGUGUGUGUGUGUGUGUGUAUAUAUAAUCUUCUGAUAAUCUGUUUGUCCUCACAUGGAACAAGAAAGAUUUGCCCUUUUGCGCCAUAGAUGUUUCCAUGUUGCGUAGGAGAAUCAUCUUUCAUUCCACGUAUUUUCAAGACGUCUUGUUCUUUACUCUCAUUCUUUAUAUCAAAAAAGCAUUUACUGACUAGCAACCAUUUUUAUUGUACCCCUCAUAGUUUCCCUGAUGGAAACAUGUUGACAGGUUCAGCCUUACGCUGCAUUAGCAAGGCUUUGAUGACCGAGACUGUAAAACAACUGGUUGCGUCGGCUCAGGACACGUGAUUUGCUUUGAUGUUAUUUUUUUUAUCCUCUUUUUUCAUUUUAUCAAUUUAUCCUCUUUUUCUUUUCCUUUUUUAUCGGGGGUGCUGUUUGACUACUUGAUACUUUUCAUGAGUUGUGGAAAAUGUGGACGUCUUGAGCCGUUCACCAACAUCUCAGUGUUGAACUAUUGACGCGCUUGCCUCUCCUUUCUUUAUAUUCUUGUUUUGAGGAAGAAAACAAAAAGAGAUGCCUGUUUUUUUUUGGUUUUUGUUUGUUUUUUUGUUGUAGAAUAGCCGUGUUGUGAUAGUUUAGCCGUAGGAGUAGAAGAAGGGUUUGGUAAAUCAGAAGCUGUUUCAGUAAUCACGGAGCUUUCACGUUUUUACACAGUGCCUUGCCACCUUCUCUCGCUCCUCUGAAGCCUCCACAACCGCAUCACCCACAAUCCCUCCUUCCACCGUGUCCACUGGCCACUUCCUCUCUCUCGCACUGCUCAGUUCAAGCGACCAACCCCUCUACUCCUGUUCUUAGUUUUUAUUUCUGCUCAUAAUUUAGCCAAAAUAAGAAGCUGAUCUUAAAAAAACAAAAACAAAACAUUUCACUUACACAUUGGAAAAGUGUGAGCAUGUGAAUUUAAAAAAAAGAAUACAAAACUAAAGAAUUUUAAUACUUUCUGAAUUCUGAUACCUUUUUAAGAGUUUCAAACUUGAAUCAACUGUGACAGGUUGGCUGUUAAAUGCUCGUUGUGUAAAUAUUGUUCUCCUUCCUAUUUUGCAGAUUUAUUAUGUGUAAAUAAACACAUGCAUCAAGGAGAGAUUAAACCUUUUUUGCUAUA